CUACCGUGCUAAAACCCCUCUCCUCUGCCUAUACUCAAACAUCUCAUCAACUUUCUUUCUCGAGCUGUGCUCGUUUGCAUAUCAACACUUCAAAAGACUCAUAAUCAAUUACAGCACCCCAAGUUACUUCAUUCACCACCGCCAUCAUGCGUUUCGCCGUCGCGCUCACCACCCUGGUCGCCGUCGCCAUGGCCGUGCCACUCGAAAACGUCAAUGUUACGGGGCUCGCAGACGAGGAAGUUACCAAGAGGAACGUCAAUGUUACGGGGCUCGCAGACGAGGAAGUUACCAAGAGGAACGUCAAUGUUACGGGGCUCUCAGACGAGGAAGUCACCAAGAGGGACGUCAACACUGCUGAGUUCGCAGAGGACGAGGAAGAGGAGAUCACCAAGAGGGACGUCAAUGCUGCCGAGUUUGCAGAGGAGGAGGAGGAGGAAGUCACCAAGAGGGACGUCAAUGCUGCCGAGUUUGCAGAGGAGGAGGAGGAGGAAGUCACCAAGAGGGACGUCAAUGCCGCAGAGGAGGAGGAGGAGGAGUAAAUCUU